AUCUCGGCCACAGUUUCACUUCCUCUCUGUCGCAUGUCACUUUCCCUAGUCAGAAACACCAAGGCGUCGCGUAGAGCUAGGGUUUCUGCGACUCCAGCCGAGGCGUCUCUUGUCUUCUUCGCGAACUUCGCGAACCCAGCCAACUGUCUUCUUCGCGAAAACGGCCAUCAUACCUGCGGUUGAAGUUUCCGGGGAGCUGUCGACCCACAGUCCGUUCACAAUCAGGUUCCACUCUUCCGUACUUGGAAGAAAAAGAAACAUACUCAGACCUCGGAGCAAAACCCUCUCUCAUGUCUUCAAAGCGUAAAGUUCUUGUCAAGGAGAAGCUGCCGGCGGCUAAAUCGGACAAUGAGCAAAAGAAUAAUGAGGAAAGUCCCUCGCAGCCCAAGCCUGCCCCUCCUCGACCGCAAAAAUCGGCCCCGUCUUUGAAGAAGUUGAAAACAGUGCCAUCCACUUCGUUGAAACAAGUUGAAGUAGAAAAGCUUGGACAUGCCGGAGAGGAGUCAAAGAAGCUGGCAUUCCAGAAGAUAUGGGGCGAUGACGACGAGAUAACCCUUUUGCAGGGUAUAAUUGAUUACUGUGAGAAGGGCAUGGACCCCUUCUCAAAUGUUAGUGCAUUUUAUCAUGAUGUCAAGGGAUUACUUCGGGAAGACUUCACGGAGAGCCAAUUGGCCAACAAGGUUCGGGUUUUUAAGAAGAAGUAUAGGAAUAAUAAGGGGAAGGGCAAGGUUGGAGAGGAUCGGGUGUUUUCGAAUUCUCAUGAGGGGAAAAUUUUUGAGUUGUCGAAGACGAUUUGGGGUGUUGAGAUGCGAGGCAAUGCCACUAGCGGUAGAGAAGAAAUUGGUGUGACUAUUGAGAAUAAGAAGACUGAUGGUGCUGGAAUGUUUGUGGCUCCCCCCUGGUCAAAGUCGGAGGCAUCAAAGUCAAAUGAUUCACAGGAGCUUCUUGAUGACAUAUCGCACAUGUGUAGGAUCGGCUUGGACGAGGGAUCUUUGAAUCAGGGGUUGGCAUUGUUGGAGCCCUCAAAGAGGGCGGAGUUGAAUGAAAGAUGGAGUAAAUUGUUCUGUGCUGAGAUGCAGAUAGUGGCGGAGAGAUGCGCAGUGAUUGAAGAUCAGCUCAAGCUCAUUUUGGAGGCCUAUUAUCGCUCUACUGAGAAGUAGGUUGUGGGCUUCAGGUUUUUUGAUGGGUGGUAUAGCAUUCUAACAAUGCUGUUUUGGGCACCAUGGUUCUGAUGACUUUCGAUCAUUUUGUAUAUCCUUUUUGGGCUCCAGAUUUUUUGAUGGGUGGCAUAGUGUUCUAACAAUGCCUUCGGGAGCUCUAAUCUGAUGUAAAGUUAUAUUAGACGAAUUAGAAGGAUGCAAUUGGAAGUACUGUUAUCCUUGUUCCCUCCAACAUCUGUAAUUUGCUGAUGUUGGUUACUCACCAAUUGCCGUGGUGAUGGAGCUAACCUCUUUUAGGUGCUUAUUAGAUCCAAGAGUUACCGAUUUACAUUUAUUUGCACCUUUUUUUGGGAUGCACGAAGCUUAGCAAAUUACUUA